AUGAGGUGUGGCACACAGAAGGUUCUGGAAGCACUGAUGGAAUGUGGCACACAGAAGGUUCUGGAAGCACUGAUGGAAUGUGGCACACAGAAGGUUCUGGAAGCACUGAUGGAAUGUGGCACACAGAAGGUUCUGGAAGCACUGAUGGAAUGUGGCACACAGAAGGUUCUGGAAGCACUGAUGGAAUGUGGCACACAGAAGGUUCUGGAAGCACUGAUGGAAUGUGGCACACAGAAGGUUCUGGAAGCACUGAUGGAAUGUGGCACACAGAAGGUUCUGGAAGCACUGAUGGAAUGUGGCACACAGAAGGUUCUGGAAGCACUGAUGGAAUGUGGCACACAGAAGGUUCUGGAAGCACUGAUGGAAUGUGGCACACAGAAGGUUCUGGAAGCACUGAUGGAAUGUGGCACACAGAAGGUUCUGGAAGCACUGAUGGAAUGUGGCACACAGAAGGUUCUGGAAGCACUGAUGGAAUGUGGCACACAGAAGGUUCUGGAAGCACUGAUGGAAUGUGGCACACAGAAGGUUCUGGAAGCACUGAUGGAAUGUGGCACACAGAAGGUUCUGGAAGCACUGAUGGAAUGUGGCACACAGAAGGUUCUGGAAGCACUGAUGGAAUGUGGCACACAGAAGGUUCUGGAAGCACUGAUGGAAUGUGGCACACAGAAGGUUCUGGAAGCACUGAUGGAAUGUGGCACACAGAAGGUUCUGGAAGCACUGAUGGAAUGUGGCACACAGAAGGUUCUGGAAGCACUGAUGGAAUGUGGCAGAGGGAAGGUUCUGGAAGCACUGAUGGAAUGUGGCAGAGGGAAGGUUCUGGAAGCACUGAUGGAAUGUGGCAGAGGGAAGGUUCUGGAAGCACUGAUGGAAUGUGGCAGAGGGAAGGUUCUGGAAGCACUGAUGGAAUGUGGCACACAGAAGGUUCUGGAAGCACUGAUGGAAUAUGGCAGAAGGAAGGUUCUGGAAGCGCUGGGCUGUGGCCGCCAUCACUCACAAGGCAAGUUUUAA